GUGUGUGUGUGUUUGUGUGGGUGUGGGUGUGGGUGUGUUUGUUUGUGUGUGUGGCUUUUCAGAGGGCACAGUUUUUCUCCGAGUUGAACUGCUCACCGACUGACUGCCCCGAGGGGCUGAAGAUGCUGCCCCAGUCGGUGGCGAGGUUCGGCGCAACAGCUCGCUUGUAGCCAGAGUCUGGCACUGGACGCGCGCCGUGACUGUGCAACUGUCUUCACGAGAAUCACGUGUGCCCGCUAGGAUUACCCUUCCUGUGUGUGUGCCCUGACCAGCCCGACACUGCCUCAGCCUGGAAGACUUUCAGGUCAGGUUCUGCUUCUCGACCGGUGUGUGCUGUGCCUGAAUUUGUGCGUCAGGCCAGCUAAAAAGAAGUCUGGGUCCUUCUGGCCACACACCUCCCUUGCUAGCUUCCAGCUCUUUGACAACCUUUGUCUUCAGCUUGCUGUCUAGACCAAGGGCCAGGUGGAGCUGUGAGCAUGGACCACACCUCCAUGGAUCCGCUCCGGAAAUGCAGCUCAACACUGAUUUCUGAGUCUUCCCCGAUGAUCUCUGAAGAGACCUCCCGGGAAGUCACGGCAGCCUCCUCUCCUUCCUUCUCGGAACUGCUUAUGAUGGGCCUGGGUGACCUCAAAACCAGUCCUGGCACCAAAUACCCUGCCCCUCUUCCAGAGGGGCUGCUCCAGCAGCGCUACAGAGAUGAGAAAACCCUACAAGAGAGGCGGUGGGAAAGGUCAGCGUCCCCUCAGAGGAAGAAAACCCUUCUGGGGCACAUGAGACGGCGGCACCUCGAUCAGGUGGCACCUUAUCGGGUGGAGAGGAAAGCCAGGAUCUCCUCCUCAGGUGAUAGAGAUCAGAACAGAUUCAGAUGCGAAUGUCGAUACUGCCAGAGCCAUAGACCAAAUGUCUCUGGGAUGUCUGCAGAGAGGAAAGGGGCCCCCCAUGCUUCCUCCUGGGAGACACUGGUACAGGGCCUCAGCGGCUUGACCCUCAGCCUGAGCACCAGCCGACCUGGCCUGCUGCCCGAAGGGGUGCUCCAACAGCAGGAAAGAGACGAGAAGCUCCAACUGGAGAUGCAGCAGGAAAGCAAAAGGAUGUUUCAGAGGCUCCUAAAGCAGUGGUUGAAAGAAAACUGA